AUGGGUUCAGUUGUCUUUCUGUUUGUUUCAGAACCUCCUGAUCCACCAUCGAUCCGUCUAAAUUCUGACUUCCUUCCAAGUAAAUCUGAUCGAGUUCUUACUGCUGGCACCAAUUUCAGCCUCAGUUGCCAUGGUAACGGGUCAGUUCACUGGACCAGCACUGCAUUUCCACUGGUGUAUCGGGGCAACCUACCAGACCCUGUGGAGGUCAAACGUGCUACACCCAGGCACACUGGAACAUACACCUGCAGAUACACCAACGAGAGCCUGGCGCACCUGAACAGCUGGAUCCACCUGUAUGUCACAGACCCAGCAGAUCUCUCCAAAGUGUUUGAAACCCGUCAUGGCAUCCCCCAUCUCAAGGAGGGUGAGGACUUCCUGUUCAAGUGUCUACUGACUGACCCCUUGGUAACAAAUCUCACCCUUCAAUCAGAGGAUGGGAGGAACCUGCCAACCGCCAUGAACGUGACCUUUGAUCCUCGAAGAGGAGCCCUAAUCCGAGACCUGAAGGCUUUGUUCAAUGGCCGCUACGUGUGUUCAGGCUGGAAGGAUGGCAGACAGUUCAAAUCCAGGCCCGUGAACCUGCUGGUGCUCCCUGUGUUGCGCCACCCCCCCUCCCUGUCUGUUAGUCAGGAUGAAUUUGUCCGUCUGGUAGGAGAGCGUUUUGAGGUUACCUGUCUCUGCAGUAACCCCACCCACUUCUAUAAUGUUACCUGGACAGACCCAAGAAAGCAGAAACUGGAAGCCACUAACAGUCGUUACUAUGGUAACAGGCGGCUGUACAUCAACAGCACUCUGAGCAUCUCUGAGGUCACCCAAACGGACAAUGGAAAGUACAUGUGUACGGCAAUUAACGAGGCCGGGGUCGCCACAGCAACCAUCCAGCUCAAGGUGCUAGAACGCCCUUACCUGAGAAUCUACCUUCAGACAAGUGAGCACGUACAGGUCAGAGGACACCUGCCUGCAGCAGAUGAAAUACAGGUUAACGUUAGUGGUGGGUCACUGGAACCCAUCACUAAUGUUAGUGCUUACAGAGCUAGCAGCGCUAAAGUUAAUGGCAGCAGCAGGGUGGAGGUUUACGAAGGUCGUGAUGUGGCCCUCACCUUCCUGCUGAAGGCCUAUCCUCCAAUCACAAGCCAGCGCUGGACCACACCUACACACCUCAUCAACAAUGACAGUACGGUGUACCAGGAGAGCUACGCUGCUAACAGCUACAGCUCGGAAGCCACCCUGCUGCUGCAUCGCAUGCGUCCGGAGGAUCGGGGGCAAUACUUGUUUCAUUUCUCUAACUCCUUCUUCAGUGGCUCACACACCAUCGACCUCAAGGUCUACCGUUUUCCGACUACUGAUAUCACUUUGGAGAACAGUACUCUGACAUGCAACAGCUCAGGAUAUCCAUUACCCACAAUUCUCUGGUUCACCUGUCCUGGCAUCCAGCCCUCGUGUGCACACAUUGCUACCAAUGAGGUUUCUCAGGCCAGUGUGACCUCACAGGACGGUGAGGAGGUGAGGUCCCACUUCCUCCUGUCAGCUGAUGAUGAUGUCACUGUGGAGUGUGUUGCCUCCAACCUCAUGGGAGAGUCUCUGCGGGUCUUCCAUCAUCGAAAUCCAAUCAUCUUCACUCCGCCUCUGAUUGGAGUUCUGAGUGCCACCGCUGUCCUCUUCCUGCUCCUAUUGGUCCUCUUCUACAAGUGCAGACAGAAACCCAAGUAUGAGAUCCGCUGGAAGAUCAUCGAAAGCACUGAUGGAAACAACUACACCUUUGUUGACCCCACCCAGCUGCCAUACAAUCAGAAGUGGGAGUUUCCCCGAGACAAACUCCGCCUCGGUCCCAUCCUGGGCUCUGGGGCUUUCGGGAAGGUUGUUGAGGCCACGGCGUAUGGUUUGGAAACUGACAACAAGAUCACCAGAGUCGCUGUCAAGAUGCUUAAACCAAGCGCUCACUCGGAGGAACGGGAGGCUUUGAUGUCUGAGCUUAAGAUUCUCAGCCAUCUCGGCUACCAUGACAACAUCGUUAACCUGCUGGGAGCCUGUACUCGUGGGGGGCCUAUGCUGAUGAUCACAGAGUACUGUAGCCAUGGCGACCUGCUCAACUUCCUGCGGGGUCGGGCUCAGGACAUCGUGGCAUCCAUGGUGACUGUGGAUGAAGUACAGGAAGAGGCUUUCUAUAAGAACAUGGCGGCCCAGCACGCCAGGCUCCGCAGUGACAGCGGGAUCUCAUGCUGCUCGGAGUAUCAGGAGAUGCAGCCAAUUCUGAGUCCGGGGCAAACACACCAGGGUGUGCAGACAGAUGGUCUUUCAGUCAGUGACCUCAUGAGUUUUUCCUACCAGGUGUCUCAGGGUCUGGACUUCCUGUCCACCAGGAAUUGUAUCCACAGAGACGUAGCAGCGAGGAAUGUCCUGCUGACUGAUCAUCGUGUUGCAAAGAUCUGCGACUUCGGUUUGGCCCGAGACAUUCGCAAUGAUGACAGUUACAUCGUUCAAGGAAAUGCCCGCCUCCCAGUGAAGUGGAUGGCUCCAGAGAGCAUCUUUCAGUGCGUCUACACAGUGCAGAGCGACGUCUGGUCCUACGGAGUCUUACUCUGGGAGAUCUUCUCUCUGGGAAAGAGCCCAUACCCAAACAUUGCCGUGGACACCAACUUCUACAAGAUGAUCAAAGAUGGCGGCCACAUGGAGCAGCCUGACUUCGCCCCGGCGGAGAUGUAUCAGCUGAUGAAGCUCUGCUGGAGCCUUGAGCCCACCCACAGACCCACCUUCAAAACCAUUGGUCAGCUUAUCAGCAGACUUCUCCCCUCCACCAAUGAUAUGUCAUCACGUUACAGCGACCAGCCGACUUACAGGAACAUCGACGAGUGCAGAGAAGAAGAAGAAGAAGAAGAAGAAACAAUGAAGAGAGAGGAUGAGAAGCCAGAGCAGGACGACGACGAGGGGAAGGAAUCAAAGAUGCCGAACAUCUACCAGCUGUCCUGAACCUCUCGUCCAAUCAGAACUGAGAACCCGGUCAUAUCUCCUGGCUGAGGACACUCAUCCUCACUGCUGAAAACUUUAUGGACAAACUGCAGCACCAACCAAACUCUGUGUCACACCAGCGGAUCAAAGCUUUAAACUCUGUGUGAUCUUCUGAUUCUGAUUUUGUUUUUUAAACUUACAUUGAACGUUUCCAGAUGUGGGCGUUUUUUAUCUCUGAUGCUGAGAGUCGAGUCGUGACGGUGGAUGAUCAUUUUUCUGCAAACCGUCCUGUUUCUGAUUCUUCUGAUGUUUCUGGCUGUAAAAUAUCUAAAAUUAGUUUUGCUUUCAUUUGUUUUCUUUAUCAAAUAAAAUGUUUGGUGUGAAACUCGUCCAACCUCACAGCUGUGUGUAACGUGAGCCACGUUUCUAAGCGUGUUGGGUUGUUUGCUGCUUCCAUGCGCAUUCUGAGUGCUCGCUGUGUAUUUGUGGUAACCCUGCCGAUGCUCGUAUGAUGUUUGUGUAACAAUAAAGUUUCUGUGAUGAUUUGGUUCACCUGUCACCUGCUCUGGAUGAUUUCACAAGGAGCAGCAAGAGAAGGAAACACACACGAGUGCCGUCAGUGAUUCUGUUUACCUGUUUUUACCUGUGAUAAGCACAGACACAGUGUUCAGUGUUGAUGGGCGGAGCCUAUUGUGUGAACAGGUAACGAACAAUAAAGUAAAACUUUAACAGUC